AUGGCCUAUAAAUGCCGAACACAUUCACCCCGCUCGGUAGAUGGCGAGGUACCAGCAACCGACAGUAACAUCAUUAAUCUUUCCAUCAAAACAUCAGUUCCCGGUCAAGGAUUUUCUGCUGCCAAAGGCCGUAAUCUUGGAUUUUCAAACGAUCCUGCAUUGAAUGCGAUACCGGUGGGGAUCAACAACGAACUUUCAAAUGUCGAAAUUAGUAGAGCAACCCCCGCGGUCUCUGUCCUGCGUGAUAGCUACGGCAAUCCAGUGACACCUUUUGCAGACCUCGGCAGCACGGAAUCGGUCGGAUACUUCAGCAAUGUGAACCGUGGCUCUGAUUCAAACUUGGCCCAAGUAGGUCAGUUUAACUUCAAAGUACCGAGUUACGCAUCCGGCAUCAUCGAACAUAUCGGUCAGCCUAAUUCUGCUCUGCAACCACCAAGCCCAUCUACUACAGCUCAAAAACAAGUAAACAGCAUUACAACGGUUUUGCCACCCAGUACACAGCAUCAAUUUGUACCAAAUGCUAAAAUCCCAACUAUCGAGGAAGGUAAAAUUUUAUUUGCUCAGAAACCCGUGGACGGUCUUCUGCCGCCGUUAUUCCCAGAACAGUUGCCUCCUGUAUACAAUAUCAAAGUGGGCACAGAACGAUCACCCAUUUUCUUUCGAGACCCGUUUGGUAUCGCGUCAAGCACAGCUUCUCCACUUCAAAGCAAUGGUGAUGAUCCAGCCAGCCAUAUUGGAUUUAAGACAGACGUUAAUAAACAGACUGGCUUUCAUCAACCUGGAACAGUAGUUCAGCAAUCACAUCAGUCAAACCAGCAGCCGCCACUCAUCCAAAAGGCAGCUCAAGCUCCUUUAAGUUCUGUGAAAACCAAAGCAGUUCAAAAAUAUACCGGAGGGUUCGGAGGUGCUGCUGGUUUUCUUGGAAAUCAGCAAAAUAUAGGUACUGCGUACACUUCGACACAAAAAUCAAUUCUGCAAGGUGUACCAGUUUCUCCUCCACCAGUUUUUGUGCCACAAAAUAGCUUCCCUUCCUAUACGACAGUCAGGCCUCUUGAUCAAACGACAACUAAGAAAUAUUCAGGAAGCUUCGGAGGGCCCGCUGGAUUGUUGGGUAGCCAACAAAAUCUGGGAACGGCUUACACGAAACCACCAACAUUUGCUUCCAUACCUGUCUCCACACCAGGCAAUUUGGUUCCACACAAUAUCGCGACUUCGCAAGUAUCUAUUUCAACCCCAGGUCGCCCUGCGAAUCCUGUUCUAAAUGCACAAUCUGGCAGUCCGGUCUACGGUCAGCAGCAGCAGCAACAACAACAAGCUCAACUCGCUAGACCGGUAGGUCCAUCAUUGUUAAACGGAAGUAGUAAGUUUACUGGUAGUUUCGGUGGUGCACCGGGUCUCCUAGGCAGCCAGCAGCAGCCAGGUACACACGUCACACCAGGUGGUGUCAUUUUACCACCUACAGCAUCCGUCGGUGGUUAUGCAGCUGCACAGGCUCCUUCUGUUCAACAAACUCUACAGCAAUCAUUUAAACCAACUGGCACAGGAUCGAAGUUCGCUGGUACCUUCGGCGGUCCUCCAGGAGUGCUGCGUCCGUUUGAUAAUGCAAAGGCAUAA